AACUUCCGGCUUCCGGCGAGAGGGCCAGAGUGAGUGUUUACACCGGCGGCUCUGCGGCCGGCUGCCUUCCGCGGGACGGGUGAGGGCGCUGGGCCCCGGGCUGCGCGGGCCAAUGUGUGUCGACUAUUUAGCCGGCCCCACGGGAGCGGUGGGUAACCACCAGAUAGUAUCCCUGCCCAUUACUAGUUAUCUGUGACCUUGGCCCAGUGACUUUACCUUUCUGAGUCUCUGUUCCCUCUUCUGUAAAAUGGGAAUGCUCGGAGAACAAUUGUGAGGAUUAAGUGAGAUAUGGAAUAUAAAAAGGCCUGUUCCUUUCCUGUCAUGGAAAGUCUGGAGGUGGCAGGUACUUUGAGGAUGCCUUAAGGUCUGCUGGGCAGCCUCACGGCGUUCUCUUUUUUCUUUCCUAAAAAGGCCACUUUGGAAGCAAUAAUGAUUAUAACACAAACUUGUGUUGUUUUGCAAGAUUCUUCCACCCUCAGUUUCUGAUUUAUUUUCUGGGCGUCCAUAUGGGCCAGGGAGAAAGAGAGAGCGCGAAAGAGAGAGGAUGUCUCUCUCAGACUGGCACCUGGCGGUGAAGCUGGCUGACCAGCCGCUUGCUCCAAAGUCCAUCCUUCGGUUGCCAGAGACAGAACUGGGAGAAGACUCGCUGGGGGGCUAUAGUAUUUCAUUUCUGAAGCAGCUUAUUGCUGGCAAACUCCGGGAGUCUGUUCCAGACCCUGAACUGAUUGAUUUGAUCUACUGUGGCCGGAAGCUCAAAGAUGACCAGACCCUUGACUUCUAUGGCAUUCAGCCUGGGUCCACAGUCCAUGUUCUGCGCAAGUCCUGGCCUGAGCCUGAUCAGAAACCGGAACCUGUGGACAAAGUGGCUGCCAUGAGAGAGUUCCGGGUGUUGCACACCGCCCUGCACAGCAGCUCCUCUUACAGAGAGGCGGUCUUUAAGAUGCUCAGCAAUAAGGAAUCUCUGGAUCAGAUUAUUGUGGCCACCCCAGGCCUCAGCAGUGACCCCAUCGCUCUCGGGGUUCUCCAGGACAAGGACCUCUUCUCUGUCUUUGCUGAUCCCAGUAUGCUUGACACGUUGGUGCCUGCCCACCCGGCCCUGGUCAAUGCCAUCGUCCUGGUUCUGCACUCGGUGGCAGGCAGUGCCCCGAUGCCGGGAGCCGACUCCUCUUCCCGGAGCAUGCCCUCCAGCUCGUACCGGGAUAUGCCAGGUGGCUUCCUGUUUGAAGGGCUCUCAGAUGAUGAGGACGAUUUUCACCCAAGCACCCGGUCCACGCCCUCCAGCAGCACCCCCAGCUCCCGCCCAGCCUCCCUGGGGUACAGUGGGGCUGCUGGCCCCCGGCCCAUCACGCAGAGUGAGCUGGCCACCGCCCUGGCCCUGGCCAGUACUCCGGAGAGCAGCUCUCACACACCAACUCCUGGCACCCAGGGCCAUUCCUCAGGGACCUCACCAAUGUCCUCUGGUGUCCAGUCUGGGACGCCCAUCACCAACGAUCUCUUCAGCCAAGCCCUGCAGCAUGCCCUGCAGGCCUCUGGGCAGCCUAGCCUUCAGAGCCAGUGGCAGCCCCAGCUGCAGCAGCUGCGCGACAUGGGCAUCCAGGACGAUGAGUUGAGCCUGCGUGCCCUGCAGGCCACUGGCGGGGACAUCCAGGCGGCCCUGGAGCUCAUCUUUGCUGGAGGAGCCCCAUGAGGUCCCUGCUCCUCCUGACCCCCCGCAGCUGAGAGGCUGCCUCCUGUGGGAGGCACUUGUGGUGAUGCCUCUGUCUCUCCCUUCCCAAUACACCUGAUGGUCAACUCGC